AUGGCGACAGUCAACUUUGACAUAAAUGAUGCGCUGAAGCAUUACAUGUCGGAUCCCACGGCUAUCCCCACGCCGGAAGCCGAUGGAUCUCUUUUCGACUGCGAAAAUGACCCUGAGGCUCUCACAGUCCAGGUCAUCAACCCGGUGCUGAAUCCGAUCGUGGAUGCUAUCGCAGAUAACCCCGACGCGAUCAUGCGCGCUACCAACGUGGAUUCGUUGCAGUUUCUGCUAAAAUAUACGCAAUACAUUUCGCCACAUGCCCUCAGCAAGAUAUUCGAUGUUGUCAUGAGUGGUCUUAGUGCCGAAGCCGACGCAGUAAACAACGACAUCGACUCUCCUGACGAGCAAGACGCGCUCGUACACCAUAAACAGCUGCUUGAAAUAUAUGCAUUCUUGCUGCAAUGGACCAUUGCUGGAGUAGAGGCAAAAGCGGCAGAGAAGUCCUCGAAUGCCCCUUUGGCGCGAGGGCGCGCAAAGCCGAAGAAGGGCGCAGCCAAGGACGAGGUCUGGGACUCUGCAACACAACUUCAGGCAGCUUUAGACAUCAUGUGCAAGGUCCUGAAGCUGAAGCUAUCCAAGAUUUUCCUCACGACCAGCGAGCGCGACACCUUUAUCAGUCUUCUCACCCGGCCUGUGUACAUGGUUCUUGAGAGUGAACAAAGAGUCAAGACGACUUCCAUUCGCAUGCACAGCUUCAAGGUCCUUUGCAUGGCCGUCAAGAACCAUGGCCAUGGUUAUGCUGCGCAAAUCAAUGUUAUUCAAAACCUCACCUAUUUCGAGCACCUGUCCGAACCGAUGGCGGAAUUUCUCCACAUUCUUGCCGAUACAUACGACUACCCCCAGCUUGCUGACGAGGUUCUCAGAGAGCUGAGCAACAAAGAAUUCAAUUCCAACGAUACUAAAGGCCCGAAGUCGGUCUCAAGUUUUAUCGCGAAGAUCUCGGAGCUGGCUCCCAGAAUUGUUAUCAAGCAAAUGACCAUGCUUGCAAAGCAAUUGGAUAGUGAGUCUUACACCCUCCGCUGUGCUCUUAUCGAGGUGUGUGGCAACAUGAUUGCGCAUCUGAGCAUCCAAGAUGAGCGUAGCGAAAACCACAAAACGCAGCUCAACGCAUUCUUUGAUGUGCUGGAGGAGCGAUUCCUUGAUAUCAACCCGUACUGCCGAUGCCGUGCCUUGCAAGUUUACAUGAAGCUGUGCGAUCUUGAACAGAAGUUUCCCAAGAGAAGACAGAAAGCCGCCGAGCUUGCCUGCCGUAGCUUGGAGGACAAGAGCAGCAAUGUGCGCAGAAACGCCAUCAAACUUCUGGGCACCCUUAUUAAGACCCAUCCUUUCACUGUCAUGCACGGUGCUCAGCUGUCGAGAAAGGAGUGGCAAGCUCGCCACGACAAAGUCGAGGAAGAGCUUAAUGCCCUGAAACCGCCUCCCGGAAUGCCAGGGUUCGGGGACGAAAAUGCAGAGGGCAACGUCGACAACGAACUUCUUGAUGAGCAAACUCAAGUCGAGUCACCCAAGAAGCCGUCGGAAAUGACGGACGAGCAGAAGCUUGCCGCCAUUAAGAAGGCUCAAGAAGAGGCUGCCACCGGCGAAGCUAUCGAGAAGUUCACACUGACAAGGAGAUAUUAUAACGAGGCUCUCAAGUUCAUCGACGUCCUUCACGAUGCCACUGGCAUUAUCUGCCAGUUACUUGGCUCGCGCAACAAGAGCGAGGUCAUCGAAGCUAUUGACUAUUUCGAGGUCGGUGACGCUUACAACAUUGAGCAAAACAAGGUCGGUAUUCGACGCAUGUUGCGGCUCAUUUGGACGAAGGGCAACAGCGACGAAGGCAAGGGCGUUCAGACCCAUUUGAUUGAGUGCUACAGGCGUCUUUUCUUCGAGGCUCCUGACUCUUUCAGCUCCAACGAUGCUGCCAAUUACAUUGCUCGCAACAUGAUCAGUCUGACGUUUGGCGCCACUUCCGCUGAGCUCACUUCGCUGGAGCAGCUACUCGCCACUAUGAUGAAGGGCGGCAUCAUCCCCGACGUUGUUGUUUCUAAGCUAUGGCAAGUCUAUGGCGUUCAGAAGCGCGAGAUCUCGAAGACACAGCGUCGUGGCGCUAUCAUUGUCCUGGGAAUGCUUGCAACUGCUAACCCUGAGAUCGUUGUUGGCGAAAUUGAGACUAUGCUCAGAACCGGUCUUGGAGCUCAUGGCCGCAAUGACCUUCAGUUGGCGAAGUACACAUGUAUCGCUCUCAGGCGAAUCAAUCCUCUCGGUCGCAAUGCCAAGGACUCGACUAUCAAGUUCUCGCGACUGCCAAACGACCACGCUGUCUGUGUCCGAUUAGCUGCCAUCACUGAAGUGCAGUCUGAGAGCAAGGAGUGGUAUGGCGUGGCAGAGCAAGCCAUCAAUGCCAUCUAUGCUGUCUCCAAGCACCCAGACACAUUAUGCUCCAACAUUCUCCGUCGCAAGACCAGAUACGUUUUUAGCAACCCGCAGUCUCGCCCUGCCUCGCGCGAUGAGACCCAGGCCAUCGACAUGACCACGGUUGAGAAGCCCCGCAAGCGUGAUAAUGCUGUUGCUCUCUCUCAGCUACUUUUCAUUGUCGGCCAUGUCGCUAUUAAGCAAAUAGUGCAUCUGGAACUCUGCGAGCUUGACUUCAAGCGUAGGAAGCAAGAAAAGGAGAAGCAGGCGCAGGCGCAGGCCGAGAAGGAGAAGCAGGAAGGUGAUGAGCUUGAUCUGAUUGGCGGAACUACAGAAGACGACUUCACGGAAGCGAUGACGCACAUUCGAGAGCGUGAGCUCUUGUAUGGCCCAAGCUCACUGCUGGCAACAUUCGGACCACUUGUGUCGGAGGUCUGCGCCAACAACACAACAUAUGCCGACAAGGGUCUCCAAGCCGCGGCCACGCUGUGCUUGGCCAAGCUCAUGUGCGUGUCGUCGGAGUACUGCGAAACGAAUCUGCCUCUCUUGAUCACGAUUAUGGAGCGCUCGCCAGACGCCACAGUGCGCUCAAACGCCGUCAUUGCGCUUGGCGACAUGGCAGUCUGCUUCAACCACCUCAUUGAUGAGAAUACUGACUUCCUCUACCGCCGACUUGCAGAUGAUGAUGUAUCUGUCAAGCGAACUUGUCUCAUGACUUUGACAUUCCUCAUCUUGGCCGGUCAGGUCAAAGUCAAGGGUCAACUCGGUGAGAUGGCCAAGUGCCUUGAGGACGAGGAUCGCAGAAUUGCGGAUCUUGCGCGGAUGUUUUUUACCGAGCUCAGCACAAAGGACAAUGCGGUUUACAACCACUUUGUGGAUAUGUUCAGUCUACUUAGUGCUGGCCAUAUGGACGAGGAGAGCUUCAAGAGAAUCGUCAAGUUCCUCCUUGGCUUUGUUGAAAAGGACAAGCAUGCAAAGCAAUUGGCCGAGAAGCUGGCGGCUCGGCUUGCGCGCUGCGAUACCGAGCGACAGUGGAACGAUGUGGCUUUCGCGCUGGGCUUGCUCCCGCACAAGAAUGAAGAGAUCACAAAGCAGGUUUCUGAAGGCUUUAAGCUGGUGCAGGCCACUGCUUGA